CUGCCUUCAGAAGAUUCAUUAAGCUUCGUGUUCUCCAAGCAAUCAUCAUCAACAAUCAUGUCUUUGUCUUCAAGAGCCAUUCUAGUCGUUAUGUGCUUUCUGUUCUUGUCGUGUACACCACUCUUUACGUCGGCAACAACAACAACAGUUCAAGGACUUCAGCCUCGAUGUGAAUCUCACAUCUUCAACAACGGAAAACAUUACCGUUCUUGCAAGGAUCUUCCCGUGUUAGACUCGUUCCUACACUUCAGUUAUGCUCGAGAAACCGGAGUUCUCGAUGUUGCUUACCGUCAUGCCAAUCUUGAGUCUUCUAGUUGGAUCGCUUGGGCCAUAAACCCGACCAAAAAAGGCAUGUUAGGCGCUCAAGCUCUCGUGGCUUAUCGUAACUCAACAUCUGGCGUCAUGCGUGCUUAUACUUCAAACAUCAAUAGCUACGCUACUAUGCUUCAAGAGUCUCCUCUUAGCUUUCGUGUAACGCAAGUAUCCGCCGAGUAUCUUGAUGGAGAGAUGACGAUAUUCGCAACUAUGGUGCUGCCUCCUAACACAACCGUUGUGAAUCACUUAUGGCAAGACGGUCCGUUGAAGGAAGGAGAUAGACUUGGGAUGCACGCAAUGAGUGGAGAUCAUCUCAAAUCCAUGUCCCUACGAAACAUUAGAUCCCACAUGAUACUUGCGCUCAAAGCAAGACCGGGUAAAGACCACAAAUACAGAACAUACUGGAACUGGUAUCAUCACACGGUGGGAUAUGUGGUGGUUGUGCUAAGCGUGUACAACAUAUACAAAGGUUUUGUUAUAUUGCAACCUGGAAGUGGAUGGAAGAUCGCAUACACUGCUAUCAUUUGUGCUAUUGGAGCGUUUGCAAUUGUGAUGGAGAUCUUGCAGUUCAAGAAGAGAUGGGGUAGCUUGUUUGUGAAGAAAUCGGAAGACCUACAAGAAGCUAAUCAAAGUGCUUUUAAGAAGGAGAUUUUGAAGUUUAUGAACAGAUGGGGUGACAAGACACCGGAAGACCUAGAAGCUAAUCAAAGUGCUUCCACUGAAGUGGUCUAG